AUGAACGGAUACAACCAGUUCUGGUGCGCACAGCGCCAGCAGAACCGGUUCGUCUCUGUGCCGCCCUACACCUACUGUGAUGCGGCCGAGAGCGGUGUAUCUCCCCUCCCCUCCCCUCCCCGGAUCCUGCCCGCCCCGGCCUCAUCAGCGCGUCCCUCUCCCUUCCCCUCCCCGGAUUCUGCCCGCCCCGCCUUAUCAGCGGGCGCUGUGGCGUCUCUGGUCGGCGGCCGGCCCACGGCCGACCCCGCCGCGCAGGCGUCGAGCAGUACUACGGCGUUGUCAACCGGUUCUACCGGGAGGAGGUACGCGCCUCGGCCGCCUCUGCUGUCGUCAGGGCAAACGACCGGCGGCCCAGUGCGGCGGCCAGUGAGGACGCCGAGGUGGACGGCGACCGGUCCCCGGACUGUGGCGUGGGCUCCCCGCCGGACCUUGGUGAGACUGCAGCCCAGACUGCGUCGGACUGCAGCCCAGACCGGCCGCCGUGGCGCGGCCGCGGCGACAGUCCGGUGCCCGAGCGGCUGCUGGCUGUGCUCCGGCGACCGGCCUUCGUGCUGCUCCAGCCAGUGGACGACGUGAUCGGCGACCCGAACGAGCCAGUGGUGCGCGCCGCCGCCUACAUCGUGCACGGCGACGAGGUGGUGGGCAGGCGGGUCUGCGCUGACCGGGCCCAGCUCGCGCCGGCAGCCGAGACGGAGCUGAGUGCUCUGGGCGAUGAACCCCGCG